AUGGGCUAUACAGUUGAUUGGUCUCAGCGUCCCACAUACUCCCCGGAGCAGUUGGACAGAUACUUCGACCGAAUAAAACUUCCUGAGAAGUAUCGGCAAUCCCCAAUCCUUCAGAACAGUGCAAACAGUGACAAUGAGGCCGCCCUAUCCUUCUUGAAGGUACUCGAGCGGUAUCAGGUGGCAGCGGUGCCAUUUGAAAAUCUCAACUUGCAUUACUCGGUACAACGCUCUGUUUCUAUAGAUCCGCAAAAGCUUAUCGAGAAGAUUGUUGACAGCGAUUCCGAGCGAGGAGGGUACUGCAUGGAGAACAGUACGCUUUUCGGAACCGUCUUGCGAAGCCUAGGAUACCAGGUCACCUCUGUCGGAGGAAGAGUUAAUGAAGCUGCACAACCAAUGUCGGCCUCGAAAAACUGGAGGGGUCCUAAAUAUGAUGGAUGCUCUUCCAUGGGAUCUAUGCCAAUUGUCCCCUGGAGGAUCAUCACUAAUGAGUCUCCUCGCAGGAACCACAUGGUCAACCUAGUUACCAUUGGAGAACAAAAGUAUCUGAUAGACGUCGGCUUUGGUUCAAAUGGACCGCAUCAGCCUAUACCAUUAACUCGGGACGUCGAGUUCCACAAUGUGGGUGACCAGUCUGGGCGCCUGCGCUAUGGACCAAUCCCCCAACAUACCAACAAGAACCAGGAACAACACCUUUGGCAAUACGAAAUUCGAAAUGGGAGUGCAGACUGGAUCCAAGCUUAUUGCUUCACGGAAACCGAAUUUCUUCCAGAAGACUUCACCAUGAUGAAUUACUAUAUGAGUACUAGCCGAGACAGCUGGUUUACUUUUCAUGUGGUGUGUGUUCGCAUGCUCCUAGAUGAGGGUGGUGAAAACGUUGUGGGGGACCUAACGUUGUUCAAUAACUCGUUAAAACGCCGGAUAGGUGCUACUUCUGAGGUGAUACAGAUUUUCAACUCUGAUGAGGAGCGUGUAUCUGCAUUGCACAACACAUUCAAUAUCCAUAUUGGUCCUGCCGAUAGAGAUACUAUCCGCCACACUAUUUCGGAAAUUCUGUAG